GGCGUCUCUUCAACAUCUGCUCCAUCUUUCAUUCCUCCGAAACCCAACGCUGCUCUCCUCAUCCUCUGCCGCAAUGAAGACCUCGGCGAGCUGCUGCCCACGCUCUCCAACCUAGAGUCGACGUUCAACAGCCACCCGCUCACCUCCUACCCCUACGUCCUCUUGAAUGACCAAGAAUUCACCCCUUACUUCAAGGCCAAGCUUACAGCCUACCUCGCCUCCGCACGGCAGCGCUUCGGCGGCCCUCACGCCUCUGACCCAGACAUCAGAUUCGGCCAAGUGCCCCCCGAGCACUGGCGGGCGCCCGACUGGAUUGACUGGGAAAAGGCCAAACGACGAUGGGAGAUUAUCGCAAAGAGCAAGGUCCCCUACGCUAUGUCCGAGAGCUAUAGGCACAUGUGUCGUUUCCAGUCUGGCUUCUUCUACCGUCAUCCCUUGGUCAAGGACCUUGACUUCUAUUGGCGAGUCGAGCCGCAGACGCGCUACACCUGCAACCUCACGGAUGGGACGGGAGACUUCUUCGAUCCUUUCAGAUGGAUGAAGAAGCACAACAAGAAGUACGGCUGGGUCCUCUCGCUCAAGGAGUACCAAGCAACAAUCAAGACCCUCUGGCCAAAAGCGCGCAUGUGGCUCAUGAAGAAUCCGCAGUACCAUUCCCCGAAUCUCGACAUUUUGCCCUUCAUCUCCAAGGAGGACAAGAUAGGCUACAAUUUGUGCCAUUUUUGGAACAACUUUGAGAUUGCGAAUCUUGACUUCUUCAGGUCGGAAGCCUACCAAGCCUUUUUCGAUCAUUUGGAAGAACUAGGCAUCUUCUACUACGACCGCACGGGGGAUGCGCCCGUGCAUACCAUUGCGGUUUCGUGGUUCCUCAGCAAGGAGGAGGUCCAUCAGUUUACCAACAUAGGAUACUAUCAUACUCCCUUCCACUACUGCCCCCAA